AUGAAGAUUAAAAUUACUCAGCGAAUAAUAUAAAAAAUAAAUAUAUAAAUGCAAACUUCAAAAAUAAAUGCACAUUUAAAUUUUCAACAAAUUUUUGGUCUGCGACAGAAAGUGAAAAAGACAGCAAAUAGCAGUAGUUGUGGAUUGCGGUGUUAUAUCAGCUUUCGCUUGUUUUAUCGCAAAUAAAAAAAUUAUACAUCCUAUUGAUUAAACCAGUAACUUAUGAAUUAACAGCAUAGUCAUUAUUUAUGAGCAAGAUGGCUCUACUUCGUUUUGUAAUUGCAAGCGCAUUUAUCGUGCUUGCGGCGACUUCCUCUGUCCACGCUGAAGCCGAAAACCUGGAUGACGGGGUCACCGUUGAGACAGUAGAAGAAGAUGGCUACCAGACACCUCAAAUUGAUUCUAAAAAAGCAUACUUGGCGGAACAUUUUGAUGAUGAAGAGGCUUUUAAAAAGAAAUGGGUGAAAUCGGAGACCAAAAAGCAAGGAGUUGAUGAUACCAUUGCCAAAUAUGAUGGAAAAUGGGAGUUACAAACACCAGCAAGACGUUUACUUAAGGAUGACUUUGGACUGGUGCUUACAACAGAAGCCAAGCAUGCAGCGAUAUCAGCCUUACUCAACAGGCCAUUUGUGUUCAGUGAUAAGCCAUUAAUUGUGCAGUAUGAAGUCACUAUGCAGGAAGGCCAAAACUGUGGGGGCGCGUACUUAAAGCUUCUCUCCAAAGGCGUCAACACCCGGAAUGAUCUUAAACAAUUCCAUGACCAAACUCCAUACACAAUUAUGUUCGGACCAGACAAGUGCGGCAAUGACAACAAACUGCACUUCAUCUUCAAACAUCAGAAUCCAAAGAAUGGUACUAUUGAGGAGAAACACGCCAAGAAACCUACUCAGCGGCUAGACGAUAUAUACAAAGACAAGGAGCCUCAUCUAUAUACAUUGAUCGUUCGUCCUGACAACACAUUCACAAUACUGGUGGACAAUAAGGAGGUCAAUUCCGGGUCUCUGUUAGAAGACUUCACCCCCGCAGUGAACCCACCAGAGGAGAUUGAUGACCCUAAUGAUAAGAAGCCAGAGGACUGGGAUGAGAGGGAAAAGAUUGUAGACCCCACAGCGACCAAACCAGAGGAUUGGGACGAAGAUGCGCCGGCGCAAAUAGUUGAUCCCAACGCGGUUAAACCAACAGGCUGGCUUGAUAAUGAACCGGAGAUGAUACCUGACCCCGACGCGGUGAAGCCAUCGGACUGGGAGGAGGAGAUGGACGGAGAGUGGGAAGCGCCUCUCGUGGACAACCCUUUGUGCAGCUCUGCCCCCGGCUGUGGCGAGUGGAAGGCGCCGCUCAUUGCCAACCCUAACUACAAGGGUGUAUGGCGGGCGCCAUUGAUCCCAAACCCCAACUACAAAGGCAAGUGGACCCCGCGACGCAUCCCAAACCCACAUUACUUCAACGACGAGCACCCAUUCCGGAUGACCACUAUUACCGCCGUUGGCUUUGAACUGUGGUCGAUGUCGCCUCAGCUGCUCUUCGACAACUUGAUCAUCACAGACGAUGAAGAGGUGGCCGCGGAGUGGGCCAGACAGACAUACACACUCAAACGGGACAGGAUUACUAGCCAGGCGAAAACCCUUUGGGGUAAAAUUCUGGCCGCCACUCAAUACAAGCCGGGCUAUUGGGCCAUGUACGCCUUGUACAGUGCAGUGCCCAUCACUCUCUACAUUGUUUACUUGCUGGGGAGAUCCAGAGAGCAAGACCCAGAAGUAGAAGACGUUAAGAAAACUGAUGCAGUAGUAGAGGACGACCCUCACCAAUCCGACGAGGAGAGAGAGGAAGAGAAGACAGAAGAGAGUGCCGAAAAAGAGAAACAGAGCAAGGCUGAUUUAGAGGGACCAGAUGAUACUCAAGAGAGCGCGCCAGUCAUCGACACGGAGGGCGCUGGUGAUGGACAAAGGAAACGGAAACCGCGUAAAGAAUAAUUUUCUCAUUGUAUUUCAUAAUCUACUGACUUAUGAUAUUUAAUUUUCUCUUAAAUUUCCUGAAAUUAUUUUGAAUCAGUGGACGGUGAAAUACUUUGUAGUUAGCGCGUCGCGUUAUUCUUUUGUCGAUUGCUUCUUAGAAAAAGUGUUCAGCUUUAGUUGGAGAUGGAUUCAGUGUGGGUGUGGUCACUAUAGCUAAAUUUAAUGUAUAUAUUUCUAAUAACAGUAUAAGUUCCUUAUGAUCUUUACUUCUAAACAGAACUGUUUCUUGUAGAAAAAUUACAUUUCUACGUCAAUAAAGAAAUUCUUCAUUAAAAAAUGUCUAAUUGCAAUGUUUUAUCAGAGUUAUAUCUGUCUCUUUUCAUCACAGUGUGAAUGCAUUUGGACAGAAAGAGACGAGUAGUACUUUAGUUAAGAGCGCAAUUAUAAUUUAUUGUUCAUGAAUUCAUAUCUAUAUCAUUACAUAAUAUAUUAAUUUUCAUGUCUGACCACAUUUAACUGUUUUUAGAGCGUAUUAUAAGUAAUUUAAGUUGUUUGGUAGACCGUAUAUUUAGUACAUAAUUAAGAUAUGUAUAUGAAAAAUAUAUUUACAAUAGGAAAUUUCGUCUACUAAUUUCGAUUCACUCUGUCUACCAAAGAAUUUUGAAACCAUAGAGCUCGAACAAUCUAGAGGGGAACAAAAAUAGCAGUGCUACUUUUGUGUGAAAAUUAACUGUGAUUUCACCUUGAAAAUUUUAGUUUUGUAUUUCAAAGCUAAUUGUUCAUUUGUCGCAUUUAUGUUAUAAGUACAUCGGGUAUGUAAUGUAAGGAGUUGUGUUUAAUGAAUAAAUUGCGUGUGAAUUGUGUUUCACCUUAUCACCACUAAUAAAUUAUUAAGAUUCAGUGUCUAAUAAUAUAGAACUUACUUCGGCUUAUAUUAAUUUUAAAUUCAUAGACAGAAAAAUCACAUUUUCGUUUAUAGUCUGUAACGCCUACAGAUUAACCGCAUUAAAACCUGUGGCGUAAAAAUGAAACGGGCUUAACUUUUAGAUUGCAAUAGCAAGACUAAAAGUGAGGGAAGUUACCCCUUUAUGUCACAGACAAUGCAAAUAAUAAUCGGGUUGCCAGUCAUAGACACACCACAGAUGAAAUUUAUUAUCGUUUUUACUUCAAAUAUUUUUUUUGAGGUAGUCUACGAUACAUAAGCACGAAUAAUAUACAAUUUCUGUUAUAUAUUAUAUAACCUGGCAGCUUAUGUGUGAAUGUAGAUUUCAGUAAUGUGUCUGGCAACUUAACCUAUUUAGUCUGUUUGCUCCAUAGAUUAAAACAAUUUUAUGUCUGAAUUAAUAAUUUAAAUAAAGUAUUAUGUAUCAACGAAAGGUUUAAAGUAUUUUAUAUUGUAUGUACGUGUGUGAUAGGUACGUUAAUGGACUGUAAUUUACAUGAAUAAAUUAUUUAUAAAA